UCCACCUCUUUGGUGGUUGACGAGUAGAGAGAGAAAAAAACAUUCUAUCUAUGUACACCCAUUUUGUGUGGAAUUAACGCUGUGUUGGAAGUGAACACCAGGAUUUGGAUGGUUCGAAGGUCAAGUCGGAUCUCCCCUGUAAUGGAGGCCAUGGCCGUCAGCAUAUCUGCACAGAGUACGGAUGAGUUUGACCGCAAUGCCCCGCGGAUCUGCGGCGUCUGCGGAGACAAGGCCACCGGAUUCCACUUCAACGCCAUGACCUGCGAAGGCUGCAAGGGCUUUUUCAGGCGCAGUAUGAAGCGGAAGGCCAGUUUCACUUGUCCCUUUAACGGCAGCUGUACCAUCACCAAAGAUAACCGCAGACAUUGCCAAGCCUGUCGCCUCAAGCGCUGCGUCGACAUUGGCAUGAUGAAGGAGUUCAUUCUGACUGAUGAGGAGGUGCAGAGGAAGAAGGAGCUGAUCCUGAAGAGAAAGGAGGAGGAGGCGAUGCGGGAGGCGCAGAAGCCGCGGCUGACCGAGGAGCAGACUCAGAUCAUCAACAUGCUGGUGGAGGCGCAUCACAAGACCUACGACGACUCCUAUUCCGACUUUGUGAAAUUCCGGCCUCCAGUGAGAGAGGGUCCAGUGACACGCAGUGCCAGUCGUGCUGCCUCGCUCCACUCGCUCUCUUCAGAUGCCUCUUCAGAUUCAUUGAACAACUCACCAGAGUCCAUGGACAGAAAGCUCAGCAGUCUCUUCUCCAUGUGUCAGGAUGGAGUGAUGAGCCCGGACUCCAGGGAUGAAAACUCCCGCCUCUCCAUGCUGCCCCACCUGGCCGACCUCGUCAGCUACAGCAUCCAGAAAGUCAUCGGAUUCGCCAAGAUGAUCCCCGGCUUCAGGGAUCUGACUGCAGAAGAUCAGAUCGCCCUGCUGAAGUCCAGCGCUAUCGAGAUCAUCAUGUUGCGCUCCAACCAGUCCUUCAGUCUGGACGACAUGAGCUGGAGCUGCGGAGGACCGGACUUUAAAUACUGCGUCAACGACGUGACUAAGGCUGGUCACACUCUGGAGCUGCUGGAGCCGCUAGUGAAGUUUCAGGUUGGGAUGAAAAAACUCAACAUGCAGGAAGAGGAACACGUGCUGCUAAUGGCCAUCUGUCUCCUCUCUCCAGAUCGUCCCGGCGUGCAGGAUCACGUUCGGAUCGAGGCGAUGCAGGAGCGUCUGUGCGAUACACUGCAGGCGUACAUCCGCGUGCACCACCCGGGCGGCCGGCUGCUCUACGCCAAGAUGAUCCAGAAGCUGGCCGACCUGCGCAGCCUGAACGAGGAACACUCCAAGCAGUACCGCUCACUGUCCUUCCAGCCGGAGCACAGCAUGCAGCUCACACCGCUAGUGCUCGAGGUGUUCGGCAGCGAGGUGUCCUAGCGGCCAGGACGCUGUCUCUCAGAGUGCCAGUCCU